AUGGAUAAUUUUUCAGAUUUUGAAAAUGAGCUCGAAAGUUUAUCUUUAGCUGCAUCGUCGUCGACGGCACGAACACUUUUUGAUGAACUCCGAGACAUGCAUAUAACUGACUUUGAAAAAGCUCGAGAACUUGGAGAUGAACUUUACGAAUCAUAUGAAUCGCAUGAAGAAUGGGAUGAAUAUGAACAAGGAUACAGCGAAUAUAGGUAUAUUUUUCUCGGAUCUAUAUUUUCCUUCGAUGAUGAGGAUGUGCCCACUGUAUUGCAAGCAGUUGUCGAAAAAGUAAAAAUGGCCACCGAAGAAAAAGAAGAGCUGCUACGUGAAAAAGCUGAAGAAUUACGAGAAUUAAAAGAAACAUACGAGAUGUUGGAAAAAGAACUAACGGUAGAACAAAUUGAUAAUGACGACGCUGAUAAUAACAUGGCUGCUACAAGCUCGAUGAAAGACGCGACGACGACAACCAAAACAAUGUUGCCAAUUAGGUAA